AUGUGGUUGCGUGAAAAUGUUAUCAGUCCAGUCCACAGUAACUGCAAAGACUCUCCACCGCUUUUCCAAGACAGCAAGAAAGUGAUGUACAUAAUGAACCGAGACGAAGAUCACAAACUUUAUGUUUGCGCAUCUCCUAUGAUUGCCAACAGAGAUAGUAGUAGGCGCACAUCAAGAAGCAGUUCCUUUAAGAGGUUCUUCUCUCCUGGCAGAUCAAAAUUAUCUGAAGCACCAACUACGCCGCAUGUUACGAUUUCUCGAUCGCCCUCUUCAGCCAGUGAUGGUUGCGACUCUCACCAUAUCGUCCAUUUCGUAUCCCAGCCAGCGCAGUCCAACUCGCAGAAUCGACCACUAGCAGAAGAAGUCCAGUUGCAUGACGCCGCUCUCUUUCGCCUGCUAACCAUUGUCGAAAUACCAGUGCUUGAUGAGAUCACCGCCAUUCACGGGCAAGAAUCGAAGAGUAUGUCGAUUUUAUCUACGAUUUUAUCAAAAAUGGGUUUUGGAAGCAUCUCCUCUGCUGCGCUACAUUACAAAGAUGAGGAAGAGAUGGAUGACCUUCUGCAGAAUACUCAAGCUAUACGGCCAAUACUGCCCUGGUUCCAAAUGGCGCGCAUUUGUGCUCCAACUCUCCAUUUCAAGUCAAAUGGAAAUGUAAAGCCUAGCAAAACAGAGAUACACAAUUGGGCUAAGCAAUCCCUCCAGGCUGUGAGUCUAAUUACUUCAGUAAAAGACAUUCAGUAG